CAGAAAUCAUAAUAGAUACAUGGCCCAUGAUGUACUCCCCAGGUCCUAUAUUAUGCAUCGUAGGCUGCUAUCUAGCAUUCGUUUUGAAAGUUGGACCGAAAAUGAUGGAGAAGAGAUCUCCUUUUCAAUUGAAUUUCUUGUUACUCGCUUACAACAUGAUCCAAGUGAUGUUCAAUAUCUGGUUAUCAUUCAAAGCAUUAGAACCCAGUGUGGUAUCAAUCUUAUUAUUACCUAAAUGCCAAAAUCCAGCAUCUCUGAACUUAAAUACCAAAAACACGAUAUCGUCAGCGGCCUGGUGGUAUUUCAUCGCAAAAAUAAUGGAUCUUCUCGAUACGGUAUUCUUUAUACUUCGAAAAAAACAAAAUCAAGUGACAUUCCUACAUGUUUACCACCACACGAUAACCUCAAUAUGCUCGUGGUUGUACGUCAAAUUCCUGCCAGGUCAACAAGGUGCUGUGAUCAUUUUUUUGAAUUCUUUGGUACACGUCAUCAUGUAUACAUAUUAUUUGAUCUCCGCUUUGGGUCCUAAAUACAAAAAAUAUCUUUGGUGGAAGAAAUACAUGACAUGGAUUCAGCUGGUGCAAUUUUUCAUAUUACUUGCUUACGAAUUGACAAUUCUUGUUUUGGGCUGCAAAGUGCCGAAAGCUUUGUCAUGUUUUGUUUUAACCAACUUAGUGAUCUUCAUCUAUUUGUUCAGUGACUUUUAUCGAAAAGCUUAUGCAAAGCAAAAAGUUUAAUUUUUUUGAAGAAUUAUUGAUUCGACGUCUUUGUCGAUAAAAUAGUAAUCGAAUAUGCAAUAGAUCAUUUAAUGAUAAAAAAGAAAAAAAGUGUUUACGAAAUAAUGAGAAAAAAAAAAGAAAAAAAUAGAAAAAAGGAAAAUAGGAAUUUAUUACAGUAAAAAAAAAAAAUGGAACGAAGUUUGUAAUAAGAAUAUAAAUACUAAACAUUGAAGAAGCAGCUGCAGUGAUGAUUCGAGUUUCGACUGUGUUCUAGUGAGACGAUUUCCAGGUAUCGAAAUUGUACUCUCGAUAUAACGGGUUCCUCCUAAAUUUAGGUCAGUGGCAUCCGUUGUUUGAAGAGAGAAUGCCAUAAAAGGAGGUUUGUCAAGUGGCCGAAGGAAGGAAUAUCUACAAUGAAGUUUAAAUCAAACUCAAAUCGCUUCUUGUCGAACAAGAUGGAUUAAAAUUGAGAAAAAAAGUUGUAUAGAAAAAAA